CUUUGUUUAUCUUUCUUUGUGUUAAAUAAAGGAAAACAGGAAUCUAAAUCAUUUUGAAAGAAAAUUUGAACGACUGGAUUCAUUUCGAUGCAGUCCAUUAGGCUAUGGAUAACAUGGUACUCAAUUUCUUGAUGCUAAUUUAAACAUAAGUCCUCAGAUGUAAAUGAAUCAAGAUAUGACCCAAAGGGUGAGAAUAGACUAAAAUUGAAUAUUGAAAAUCAUACACACAUAUACCGUGCCAGCUUCAAAGAAAAAGUUUCCGUAAAUCAUGGAUAAUGUAAACAUGGCAAUCACGGAAAAGUUGGACAAUGUAUUUAAGAUUUUAGAUACAAUCGACCACAAUGUCGAUAAAGUUCAAGAAAUUUUCAGUACUAUAGCCUCAAUAACUAAAUCUUCAGAAUCUGAAGUCCCUGCGGGGAGAUGUUCAAGCCUAGAGCCGUUUUGUGUAACACAGAAAAUGGGGCACACGGUGAUGGUUGCAGGCAACACCAUCGCAGGCAUGGAAAACGAAACAGCGAAGGAAGAGGACCCUGACGAUUCAGCAGAUGGUCAGCCAUUACGUUUGUCAAUCUCAGCCUUCUCUAAAGAGAAUGUUAGCGGUUUUGAGGAGAGAAAUACAACGGAAGAGUUGAAACAACCUGAAAAGGGCUUGAAAUUGAGGCCUGGUUGUGUUCAAACAGCUGUGAAUCAAGUGUUAUUGUCACCUUUGAACCCGCAGACAUUAGAGUCUUCUAGUGCGAAGGAUGCCUACCGAGAACCCGUACUUUCUAAUCAAAAUAAAGAUCAUCGCCCCAAAGAAAGUGCAUCGGAGGAGAAUGAAUACUGUGUAGCACCCAACGAAGAUUUUUCUGAUUCGUUUAAGACGAAACUUGAAGCUGUUUCUACAGAGGACAGUUCUGAUGGGAAAAAGAUUCAAGACAAUUUCCAAGGGUGUCUCCAUAGUUUCUUGAAGGAACAAGGAGUUACAAAGGAAACAAUUGAAACGCUAAUUAAGAGUUCUAUAGAUGACAUGACAAAGGCUAAAACUCUUCUAAACGAGACUUUCGCCAAAAAUGAACGCCUAAUGCCAACAUUGGAAUUAAAAACAAAAGAUAUAAUAGAUAAGCUGGCCUACUUGAAAGAAAGUUUAGCUGACUUAAAUACAGAGCUGACACAUGAAUUGCCUCUAAAUACAAACCAUUUCAAAAAACAGAACGCCAAAUUGGCACAGGCAUUAAAUAAAUUGGAUGACAUUUCUAAAGAAAUGUCAAGCACUAAUAAAUUUCUUUAUAAGAAUACUUGCACCUUUGCCUGCCAAUUAACAGAGUUUAAAAAUACGACAAAAGCAUUGGACAAAUUUUUGUGUAAUAUGAAUGAAAAUCUUAGCGAACGCGUGGGAGAAUUGGAACAAAUUCAGGAAAGGCUUAUGGAGUAUGUAGACCAAUGUCAUAGCAAGGAAGAUAAAGUGGUGGAGGUCCUAAGCAGUUUUGAAGAAGAGAUGACUUCGGGGCUCAAUCGGAGCAGACAUCUGGAUACCAGGUUCGGAGAGGUACAGCUAACAUUGAAACAAUUUCAAGAAACGAUUUUAAAGUCUGUAAAACAAUGCCAUAGACAAUGUCACAGCAGAGAAGAUAAAAUGGCAGAGGCCUUAAACAGAUUUGAAAACGUGAUCACUUCCGAGGUGGAUCAGGCUAGACAUGUAGACACUAGGUUCCGAGAGGUAGAGCAAACGUUCAAACAGUGUCAAGAAAUGAUUACAGCAACUGUAGAAAAAUGCCAGAGCAGAGUUGAGAAGGUGGAAGAGGCCUUACUCAGAUCUGAAAAAGAGAGGAAAUCUGAGCGUAGUAGGACUAGAAACAUAGACAAAAGGUGUAACCUGGAGUGCAUGUUGCAACAAGUUCUAGAAAGAUCUUGUAGCAAAGAGGAUAAAACGGCUGUUAAUAUAGUAGAAAAACAAUAGCGAUUAGCGCUAGAUGAGAUCUUCUUCUUCGUUCUCAUUGUUAUGUUGGAGCGUUCAGAUGACUAGACCAAUACCUGAGAUGAACUGCGCAGUGGUUUCCAAAUCAGGGAGCUCUCCAUAUAGUUUUCUUUCUAUUGGGGUGUUUUGGGGGCCAGUGUCUUAUACGGGCCUCUUGGUAAAGAGAGCAGUUUUGGAGGACGUGGUCGGCUUUCUCUGGUGACACUCCACAUGGGCAGAUUUCACUGGUUCCUAUUUUAAGCUUCCGGUACAUGUGUUGUCGCAUUCUGUUGAGAUGAGAUAAUACUAACUAAUAUGAAUAACAAUGGGGUGACGCUAGCAAAUAAAGGCUUAACGAUAAAAGAAAAAAAAAAUAUUUGCGGAUUUUCAUUAUUAAUAAAAGUUACCUUCUCUUUACUUCUUUAUUAUAAGAUUAGGUUUUGAUCCAUUGCUCAUUACUAAUUACUCAUGUCCUAUAACGUACUUAGUCACAUGCAAAGACCGCAUCACAAACGAAGAGAUUAAAGCAGCGGUUCUCCACCUUUUAUGCUCGGCGACCCUUUUAAAAUCCCCCACUCUGCCGCCCCCCCCCCCCCGCAAACACACACAGCAAUAGAAGAAUAGACAAAAAACAAUCCAUUUUUUCGAUGGUCUUUGGCGACCCCUGGCAAAUCGUCAAUCGACCCCCAAGGGGGUCGCGACCACAGUGUGAGAACCCCUGGAUUAAAGACAUAAUUAAUACAGCGAUCAGACCGCAAGAUGACCUGCUAGCUACUGUUGAAAAACGCGAAAAAAAAACACACACUUUGGCCAUAUUACAAAGUCCUCAGGGCUCGCAAAGACCUUCCCUCACGGAACUGUACCAGGAAAAAAGAAGAAGAGGCAGACAAACAACAUAAAAGAAUGGACGGUCCUGCCAUUGACGGAGAUUCUGUCCCAGGCAAAAAAACAGAGGGAAAUGGGGAGGGACGGACUGCAGAUCUUGUGUGGUGCCAUUUGCGGUCCAACAAACAAAGGGAAAGAUAAAUGUCAUUUAAGCACGAGACCAACACCUCUUAUAAGUUGCUUGUUAAAAGACAGAAAAUGUGAGGUUUUUUCCACUUCAGAGAAUGAGAGUAGAGGAUUAAACAUAGAUAAUGUUAACAUUCUCAAAGCAGUCAAAAAAAAAGUGCCAAUCAGGCAUUCCAUCUGUUAAUGUUUUUUUUUUAUUUCAUUCAAAGUUAACAUUACAUUGUUAUUGAUAAUUUUUCAUUUUCUCCUUACUAACGUCGAUAGAUCAAGUAGAUGUGUAGUGUAUAAUACAGUGUGUUGAAAUGUGUGUACAUAAUGUAUAUAUUUAAUUUGUUUCUUCAAAGAUGA